AUGGAGCUGGAGCAGCCUGAAGUGCCCAAAGAGGGCGAGGGUGUGGCCGGGCCGCUCUCGAUGCUGGCGGAUGCGGUGAAGAACUCGACGCAGGUCCUCAUUGCGCUGCGGAACAACCGCAAGCUCCUGGCAAGGGUGCGGGCCUUUGAUCGGCACUUUAACAUGGUGCUGGAGAACGUGUCGGUCUUCUGGACCGAGAAGGGCGGCAAGGGCCGCGGGGUGAAGCGGGCGGAGGACGUGGAGAAGGACAUGUUUGUGUCGAAGAUGUUCCUCCGUGGUGCCGGUGUGGUGCUGGUGCUCAAGAACCCCAAGUAA